AUGCCUAUGAUGAAUACGUGGGAACACUCUGCUCUGGAGUAUCACUUCAACGGGCACGAGCAAGGUUCGCCAGAGACAGCAACACUGACCUCGGUGGCCGUUGCCCCAAAGGACUCUAUUCACGAUGCCAUCAUCUAUCCUGGUUUAUAUGCCCCUAGCGGCUAUGAUAUGAUGAGCAUCUUGCUACGGGUCAUGUCCAGAGCAAACCCUGUUGUCCAACUGGGCCCCGUCGACGCUUCUUGUGCACUAAUCUUGUGCGAUCUUCAACAACCCGACUGCCCUGUUGUCUACGCCAACGACGCCUUUACGUACUUGACGGGAUACACCGAGCGCGAGAUUGUAGGCCGUAACUGCCGCUUUAUGCAAGCACCCGGCGGCAAAGUCAGCCGCGGCUCGAGCCGGCAACACGUCGAUAAGGAUCUCGUAAAACGAAUGCGCCGUUCUGUCGAGGGCAACUCGGAGUUGGCUGUGGAAGUCGUCAAUUUCAAGAAGAACGGCCAACCCUUUAUCAACCUCUUGGCAAUGAUUCCUAUUUGCUGGGACAGUGCCGAGCCUCGAUUCUCCGUCGGUUUCCAAGCAGAGAAGACGUGGUAA